AGGUCUGUCAUACGUAUCUGUUGUGUGUUGCAAUAUUGGUCUGCGAAACAGCUUGCCUCAAGAGUACAUCUGUGUAAAUCUAGAUUCGGGUGCUGGAGGGUGCCCGCGGGAACGCCCCAGAUGAGUUCCUGCCGUCUCACCAACGAGCUCGACGGGAAGAUGCUUCCGUAUGUUUGCUUUGGUCGCAUUGCCGACGCUCGGAUUCUUUCUUCCGCCGGAGAAUCCACUCCAGAAAUCGCGCAUACCUUCACGAAGCUGCUGACUGCAGCAAGGUAAGAGCGUUUUUGCAUCUUGCGGCCCCUCCUUGACACUAUCAACAAAAGUCUUGGUUACAACACACCGCGGCUCGUAAUUAUAUGUUUGCCACCUGUUGUUCACUUUUACUUUUUCGUUAUCCGAAAUAAACCUCGGUUCUUCAUUUUUUUUCAUCAGGUCCAAGAUGAGCCCGGGGACGCGGAUGCGGCUCCAGUGGAGCGGCGGUCUCGUUAUCCUGAGUAAAAACGUCCCCACACCAUAGUUGUCAUGCAGAUUCGCAAUGACAGGAACAUUUGUAAUGCGCAUCUCCAUGAGAGGCAUUUCCAAGCGCGUUUGGGAAUUUGUAAUGCUGUAAACGGGAUGAGCAGAUGGAUUUGUGACGCGACUGCACUUUCUAAACUGCACUACAAUAGUACGGGCUGGAAGUUGUCAUGCGUUGCUCCCAAAGCUCCUGGGUUUGUCUUGCUAAGUUCCCAACUUGACUAUGGGGUGGGGACGUUUUUACAUAGGAUACUCGUGUGCUGCUUGCUAGACGAGGAGGGGCAACUGCUGUACUCGCUCUAUCAAAUGCAAAAAUGUCUGGGUCAGGAAGAAUCCAAGUUUGUCAUGCUUGUCUCGCAUGACUCGAGAAUCUGUGUUGCAUAGGCACGAAAAGGCCCUCUUACCUGUCAUGCAAAAACGCAGUUUGCCAUGCGGAAUACGUAAGACAUGGCAGCUAAGAAAUUUGUCAUGCAUAGCUGCGUAUUGCAGUGCGUCUAUCAUUCACUUUUAGCAUUACACCCAGACAUAUUUGCAUUUGAUACGCUCGUAACGAGGUCGAUUGCGUACCCAGAGGCACAGUCCUCAAAACUGCUGGAAGACCUGCAGGGCUUCGUACGAGCGGAGUUGGCGAAGAGUCCCGGGUUUUUGCACCAGCUCCUAGCCGAGGAUGUUCCUUCGCCGGGUAGUUCUUCGACUGCAGCGUCUGCGCGCGGUACGGCCAGACCGAGUACUUCUACAGAUGCCGCAUCCAACACCUUAACCGGCACUGCAACAUCAAGCGACAGCGUUCCGGGGGAGGAGGAGAGGGGAGCCACUGCUGCCGUGUUGUCGGGGGAGCCAGAAAGAUCCAAGAAGUUGUGUUCUCCCAGGUCAGCGCCGUCCACAGCGGGUUCUACUUCGGAGGAACGGCAACCGACUUCAUGGAUGAAGGCCGAGACUUCCACACCAUCAACUACAACAAGUUUCGGGGUAGUUAAUACUCCACCACCGCCGCUGUCAGUUUGCACAGGAGACAGCGCGAAAAAUGCCACUGGCACAAACCGACCCGCGGGUGGAGGUCCGACAGUAUCUCAGAGCCGUAUGCGGCGCCACAUGCAGGCGCUGCUCCUGCAGUACGAGAACCCCGUGGAGGCGGCCCGAGUGUCGCGGCUGUUCGCAAAAUCGGAGGAACUUCGGGAGACGACGCGGAACAGUAUCAAAACCGUCGUUCGCAACGCGAACCAGAUGCACGCCCUGGAAAUUCGGUCCCGCGAGAUGGAAGAAGCGUCGCAGUUCUUGGAGCAGCACGCAGUGAAGGUCAAGAAGAAAUUCUGGUAAGUACGUGAAAUAUAACAACUGGGUUGCUUGAUUCUCAUUUUUUUGGAUUCAUUUUUCCGCCGGGAUUAUUACGUGGAAAGAACCAAAGCAAGAGCAUCCUACAUUUGACUCUAAAGCGCUUUGCUCAAGUAAGUUAGUAGUACCUUUAGAAGUUGUACAAUUCAAUCUAAUGAAAAGGUGGAAGAACAAGGCGAUGCUGUUUGCGGGCGGUGCGGUUGUGUCCCUCUGCGCCAUUCUGUUAUUUUUCCACUUCGUUUACCCGCUUCUGCCAGCUUUCUUUCCAAACCAGCAGCCGGUCAGCAACGAGGCCGGUGAGGCACCAGCGGCAAGUGCAUGACUUGCAAGACUGAGCCCACGGGCAGCAAGUCAACAUCCGUGGCUCUACUAGAACGGUUGUGCAGAGCGCGCGACUCGCUGGCCUGGUUAAUAUCCACUGAGGACGCAGGAGCCGGAAGUGGGACGUGCGUCAGAAUAAUAGUGCUGUGCAAGAAGAAGCACAGAAGGAGAGCGUUGCGGUGGGUGUGGCGAGAUUGGCGCCGCGAAGAAAUGCGUGUUUUCUACCUUUGUGCAGGUUCCUGCAAAUUUUUGAUUUUCUGACGUGUACAAAAUCGUACGAAAAAGUCGAAAUUUUGUUUGAUGCUCGAGCACCACGGAGCUCGCAGACGCGGAGACGUUGCGCUGUGUUGCACACUCACUGCAGGUGCGAAAGAACGGGGAGUAUUAACUAUGUAAGUGAUUCUAGCCAAUUAUGGGUAGCACGCGCAUCGUGAGUGUGCCACCUGUGCGGCCCAGGUGUAGUUCUUUUGACACGUGGUGGAAAAAGGAUGUCUUCCCGCAACGAUUUGUUAUUUCACUUGAUCGAAAAUGAAAGCUGCGCGAUCAGAUUAUAACCGCGAUAAAUUUUUGAAGAUCAUUCUUCCGCAUCUUCGCAGGAACGGAUCCGCGAUUUGGUUUUUCGAACUGUUUCUACAUACUGGGC